AUGCUAGACCAUCGAAACAUCGAUUCGUGGGUAACGAUCGAUGGACAGCAGGCCUACAUUGUUUACAAGGGGCAGAUCGUCUCUUGUAAAUACUGCAAAGAGCAAGCGCAUACUGGUAUAUCGUGUGUCCAGAACAACAGGCUGCUAGUCCAGCAGAGCUAUGCGAACGUGGCAAAGCAAACUGGUCCACGACAACCACCGAAGAAGGCAAACGGUGCAAAACCUCCGAGCGCCAAACCGGUCGGUCAGCGUUCUGUCGCUCCACCACCAGCAUCGCUGGAGGCUUUCCCCGAGCUGCCACAGCCGUCGAGUCAGACCGAACCGUCCGGCUCAAUAAACCCAACUGCAAGCCAGCCGACUGCACCCAUUGCACGAACGGUGUCUCCCAGCUCGUUGCAAACACAAAUCGCGCGCAGCACAUCGUCGUCGUUGCGCACACAACCACAGACCGCUGAAGUGGUCUUAGUUGACAUAUUCAAAAAGCCAAAAACGCGUUGCGAUCGAAAGACCGAACCGCCGGCAACGACACGGACGAUUCAUCCACAUCGACGAGAAGCAGCCGAAGCCGUGGACGCCCGCCCGGCAAGAAACAGCGAUGCAACGACGGAGAGGCACAGCGCUGUAGCGGCGAAGGAGCACAUCUAUGUCACUCACGUGGAGAAGUCCCUGGACAGCCGACUAACCGCGCUGCGAGUGCACGACACAACGAUCUGCAACGUCUACGCUCCCUCCGGCACUGCUCAGCGCGCUGCUAGAGAGGAGUUCUUCAAUGGCACGCUUGCCUGCUAUCUCCGCCAUCACACCGAUAACGUCAUCCUAGCUGGAGAUUUCAAUUGCGUGCUGCGUGCGUGCGAUUCGUCCAGCUCGAACACCAGUCCAUCUCUUAAAACCGCUGUACAGCAGCUGCAGCUAUAUGAUGUGUGGGAGAAGCUAUGUCCACGUGAUGCCGGUUUUACGUAUGUCUGUCGAAAUGCGCGAUCUCGCCUCGAUCGGAUAUAUCACCUUUAUGCGCAACUACGGCUAGCGUACGACGGCUACUAUCUGCAGCCACAAACCAUAACCACCAUCAACCGACUGAAAGGAGAAAUGUUGGCACUGCAGCGUAAUUUCUCCCACAUGUUCAUGCGCAUCAACGAGACGCACGUGGCAGGGGAGCCAAUGUCAAUAUUCCAAUUGGGGGAUAGAAGACGGAAGAAAAACACGAUCACGCAGUUACAGACGGGAGAAGACGAAAUCAUCGUCGAGCCUCAAGCGAUCGAGGCAAAUCUGUUUGAUUUUUUCUCGAGACUCUACUCAGAAGAAACAGCAGAAAAUGACGGCAAUGCCAACAACGGGGACGAUUUCGCUUGCGAACGUGUUAUCCCACGGGACGACCCACUGAACGAAGCGUGCAUGGAGGAGAUACAAACAGCAGAAAUUCUGUCUGCUAUCAGCGCGAGCGCACCCAAACGAUCCCCCGGUGCCGACGGGAUCCCACGAGAAUUUUAUCUCCGGAUGUUCGAUGUCAUCCACCGUGAGUUGAACAUGCUUAUGAAUGAAGCACUCAACGGAAAUCUCCCCCAUGCCUUCGUGGAGGGCGUCAUCGUGUUGGUGAAGAAGAAGGGAGGCGACAACACAGCCCGAGCGUACCGGCCCAUAUCGCUGCUCAACAGCGAUUAUAAAUUGCUUUCCCGCAUCCUGAAAAACAGGAUGAAAUGCAUUAUGGAUGCCCACCGCGUCCUAAGCAACGGACAGAAAUGUUUAAACACAAAGCGAAAUAUCUUCCAGGCCACUCUCGCUGUGAAAGAUAGGAUCGCCAAUCUCCGUCACCACCGGUCGCGUCUUGGUAAGCUCAUCAGCUUCGAUCUGGAGAAUGCCUUCGAUCGGGUGCGGCACUCGUUCCUUUUCGAAACCAUGCGGUCGCUCGGGUUCAACGAGGAACUCAUCUCUCUUCUCUCGAACAUAGCCAGUCGGUCCACAUCCCGGCUGCUUAUCAAUGGGCACCUCUCUCGAUCGUUUGAGAUCACACGGUCGGUGCGGCAAGGCGACCCGUUGUCCAUGCAUCUGUUCGUGCUCUAUCUCCAUCCACUGGUGUGUAGGCUUGAGCAAGUGUGUGGGGAUGAUCUGCUCGUUGCCUACGCCGACGACAUCAGCGUCAUCGUAACGUCACCGUGGCAGAUCGAGGCGAUGAGGGAAGUUUUUCGUCGUUUUGGUCUUGCCGCCGGCGCGACUACCUUAUCAGGGUACUAA